CGCUGCUGAUUACACACAGGACGCGGUGCAACACUUUCUCCAUCAAUCUGGAUUAUAAAUAUGUAUUAUGUCAUUUCUGCCAUGAAAGCUCAGAUUGAAAUCAUCCCCUGUAAGAUCUGUGGAGAUAAAUCCUCGGGGAUCCACUACGGAGUGAUCACCUGCGAGGGCUGCAAGGGUUUCUUCAGGCGGAGUCAGCAGAGCAACGCCAGCUACUCGUGUCCGCGCCAGAAAAACUGCCUGAUCGACCGAACGAGCCGAAACCGCUGCCAGCACUGCCGUCUGCAGAAAUGUCUCGCCGUGGGCAUGUCCCGAGACGCUGUAAAGUUUGGCCGUAUGUCUAAAAAGCAGCGGGACAGCCUGUACGCCGAGGUCCAGAAGCACCGCCUGCAGCAGCAGCAGCAGCAGGGUCCUCUGCUCCUGUCCCGGCCCAGCCUGGGCAGCCCCAGCCCGGGCGAGGCCGAGUCGCUGUCCCCGCACUACACCCUGUCCUCCUCGGGCCUCACCGAGCUCCCCGACGAGGUGGGCCGCUACGGGGAGCAGAACUCGCCCGAGGGAGGAUCGCUCUCGUCAAAGGCAGACUCGGGAGAAGGAGGAGGCGGGGGAGGCGGCGGGGGAUUUUACCUGGACAUCCAGCCGUCUCCGGAUCAGUCCGGCCUCGACAUCAACGGCAUCAAACCCGAGCCCCUGUGCGACUACGGCUCCAGUAACGGUUUCUUUCCGUACUGCUCCUUCAGCAACGGAGACUCGUCGCCCACAGUGUCCAUGGCCGAACUCGAUCACCUGGCUCAGAUCAUCUCCAAGUCUCACCUGGAGACGUGUCAGUACCUGAGGGAGGAGCUGCAGCAGAUGAGCUGGCAGAGCUUCAUGCAGGACGAGGUGGAGAGCUAUCAGAGCAAGCCUCAGGAGUUGAUGUGGCAGCUCUGUGCGGUGAAAAUCACCGAGGCCAUCCAGUAUGUGGUGGAGUUCGCCAAACGCAUCGAUGGCUUCAUGGACCUCUGCCAGAACGACCAGAUCGUGCUGCUGAAAGCCGGAUCUCUGGAGGUCGUCUUGGUGCGAAUGUGUCGCGUGUUCGACUCACAGAACAACACCGUCUACUUCGAUGGCAAGUUCGCAGGUCCGGAAGUCUUCAAAGCUUUAGGUUGUGACGACUUGAUCACGUCAGUGUUCGACUUCGCUAAAAGCAUGUGCUCGCUGCAUCUGUCUGAGGAUGAACUCGCUAUUUUCUCAGCAUUUGUCCUGCUUUCUGCCGACCGCUCGUGGCUGCAGGAGAAGCUGCAGGUGGAGAAGCUGCAGCAGAAGACGCAGCUGGCCCUGCAGCAUGUCCUGCAGAAGAACCAGCGGGAGGACGGAGUGCUCACCAAGCUCAGAUGUAAGGUGUCGGCGUUGCGCUCGCUGUGCAGUCGGCACACAGAGAAGCUGUUGGCGUUCAGAGCCGUCUACCCCGACGUGGUCCGAUCGCACUUCCCUCCUCUUUACAAGGAGCUGUUCGGCGCCGACCUGGAACUGAACCUGCAGCCCGGCGACUGAAGGCGACGCCCCGCAGAGCCGAGCAGCGCCCGGCUGCUGGAUCCAGACGGGUCGGGCCCGGUCUCCACGGGGACACGGAGGACGGGAUGGUUACUGAGCGAGCGCUGAACACUUGAACUGGUGUGCGGCUCGUCCUCCUCUCACAGGGUCAGGUGGUCUUAUCCGGGAGGCGGGAUCUGGACCCGGCUUUAAAAAAGCACUUUCAGGACUCUCACUGAAACCUGGAUUCUGUUUUCCUCACCGGAUCAUCCAGACGUCACCUCUUCUUCUUCAGCACUGAUUUUCUGUCACUCUGGAACUUUGUAGUAAAUCUAAAAGAGACUCUCAGUUGGAUUCAGCAGAAGAACAUAACUGGGAAUGAUUUUAUUCCUGUUCCACCUCCCUCCUCUUUUCCUGCCUGUUUAUCUGCCAGCUGCUGUAUCUAAACCUCUAGCUCCACCUGGUGGCUCUCACACUCAAGUGCAGGCUGUACUUUUUCUGUUGCAUGUGCGUAAACCAUCUAGAUCCAACAAGUAUUCACAUGAUUCCCAUCAGUUUAGUGCAGCUUUAUGUAUUUCUGCGAAGCAGAAACAUGAAGCAGCUGUCUGCUCAGGUCAACAGAUACUCUCACAGCAGAUUGGAGUCUGUGUAAAGCAGUAAGAAUUCUCUGUCCAGUUUGAAAAUAUGUUCAAUUAUUUCAAGUUGUGAGAUUCUCAGCUGCUUCUCUGUUCCCAGGCUGUAUAUGCUAAAGAGUGAUCUCCAGAGUUGACAGGUUAACACAAGCGUUGUCGGCUAGCGGGUAGAGAUGGAUGAUUGAGGUGAGUUAGCAGUUCUAAAUGCUGACAUGUUUUUUCACAGUAUGAGCUGCUGGUAUAAAGGUACCAGAAAAUGUAUGCUGAGGAUGGAUGUCAGCCGAGAAGAGGAAGGCCAGUGAGGGAGGGCAUACAGGCGACUGGUGUGAGGGGAAAACUCAUCUGAAAAUCGGCUUUACACAGACUUUAUAGGUGAUUAAAAAAAACAGAUUAAUUUCAAAUAACAAAUGAAAAACGAAUAGUCCCAUAAGACAAGAAAG